AUGUUGUCGUCUCCACCAUCCACCUCUCUCCCCUCCUCCUCCUCCCCCCCUCCACCCCCCAACACAGUGACCUCUGCCUCCCGCCGAGUUGCCUUGGAAACGUACUGGAGGGAGGUGCAGAGCAUUGAGGAGGAGAAGGAGGGCGAGGAUGAAGAUGAGGAGGAUGAGAGGAAGAGUAUGGACGAGGCAGAGCUGGACGAGACCUGGCUGACGGAGGCGGGGUUAUCCUCCCUGGUCACGGCCUCGACCGAGGAGAAGAUGGCGCCACCAGCUGAGGCCCUUCUGUCUACGUUGACACGCCAACAAGCCGCAACGGUGAGGAGGAGGCUGGACAACUACAACGAGACGCUGAGGAAGAGAAACAAAGAGCCAACCAGAGACGUUCGAGACGUGUUCACUCAGGCUGACAAUGAUUUAGCAGACAGAAGCCCCUCCCCUUCCUCCAACCACUCUGAGUCAUCCCCGAGUCGAUAUCACAUGACCACGAAAACCAUCCGCCGCCACACCCACAGAG